AUGUACAACCAACAGCAGCAGCAGUUCCAGCAACAGCAACAGCUCCAGCAGUUGCAGCAGCAGCAGCAGUUGCAGCAGCAGCAGUUGCAGCAGCAGCAGUUGCUGCAGCUCCAGCAGCUGCUCCAGCAGUCGCCACCACAGGCCCCCAUGCCCAUGGCUGUAGGCAGGGGCCUCCCCCAGCAGCAGCCACAGCAGCAGCUUCUGAAUCUGCAAGGCACCAACUCAGCCUCUUUCCUUAACGGCUCUGCGCUACAGAGAGCUUUGCUUUUACAGCAGUUGCAAGGACUGGACCAGUUUGCAAUGCCACCCGCCACGUAUGACAGUGCCAGCCUCACCAUGCCCACAGCAACAUUGGGUAACCUCCGUGGCUACAAUCUGACAGCCCCGAACCUGGCAGCCCCGAACCUGGCAGCUCCUAGCCUCCCACCCCCUCAGCUAGCCACUCCAAAUCUACAGCAGUUCUUCCCCCAGGCUACUCGUCAGUCCCUGCUGGGCCCUCCCCCUGUUGGGGUCCCUAUGAAUCCCCCCCAGGGCAACUUCUCAGGGCGGGCACCCCAUAGACACUCCCGCACUACUAAUCGAAAGGAUUCUUAUUCUCAGACAAUACCUGUGGAAGACAAGGCAGACCCCCCAGAGGGGUCUGAUGAAGCUGAAGAGCCCAGAACCAACACACCAGAAGGUCAAGAGUCUCCCCAUGACCCAGAUGGCAUCAUUAAGGAGAAACGCACCUCAAUGCCAGAGCCAGAGUCCUGUGAAGGGUUGGAACCACCAACCAAGAGGUUGAAAAGCUCACAGGAGCCCACAGGAGAGAAAGGGUCUCAAGGGCAUCUUCAGGCAAAGGUUCAGCCACAGGUCCGGAUGACAGUACCAAAGCAGACACAGACACCGGAGCUGCUGCUUGAGCCUGCAGAAGUCCGCAUGCCACCACGGUUCCAGCCACGGGUUCUGCAGAUCCAGGCCCAGGUGCAGCCACAGGCUCAGCCACAGGUGCCACAAGCAGUUGCCCCGGUGCAGCCAAAGCUUCAGAGACAGGCACAAACCCAGACCUACCCAGAGCACUUAGUGCCCCAGCAGAAGCAGGUGCAGCCACAGCCGCAGAAGGAGGCUGAGUCGCCAAAGCAGGUGCAACCCCAGGUGCAGCCACAGGCACCAUCACAGCCUCCAAAACAGGCGCGGCAGCAGCUGCUGAAGCAGGCACAGACACAGACAUGUCCACAGGUCCAGGCGCAAGCCCAGCCGCUGGAACAGCCUCCAGAACAGACAACAGAAACACCACUUGAGCAGCGUCCCAUGCAGCUGCCACCGGCACAGACCCAGGGGCAGCCUCAGACCCAGCCACAUGUGUCAGCACCUGAGCAGUCACCGGCUCCAGUUCAUACCACGGUACAGGAAAUGCUGCCUGACAUGGCAGAAGCUAGAGGAGGCCUGGAAACAGUCUCCCAGGGGCUAGUCGAUGCCCUGGUCAGCAUGGAAGAAAGCCAAGAGGAAUCCCCCAGUGACCUGGAUAUGGGAGAAUGUGAAAAAAGUGCUAGAGAGAUGCUCAGGGUAUGGGGUGCUGCAGGCUCCCUGAAGGUCACCAUCCAGCAGAGCAAUGACAGCCGGGCCUUUAGCACUGUCCCCCUGACUCCUGGGCCUCGACUCAGUGACUGCACAUCCAUCACCCCUGUGGCCAGCACACCUUCUAGGCAGACUCUCCAGUUCUUCUGCUGUAUUUGCAAGGCCAACUGCACUAGCCAGCAGGAGUUCCAGGACCACCUGGCAGGGACCCAGCACCAGCAGCGGCUCGGGGAGAUCCAGCACACAAACCAAACCUGCCUCCUGUCCCUGCUGCCUACACCUCAGGACGUUCUGGAGGGAGAGGAGGAAGAACCUCCACCCCAGCGCUGGUGCAACACCUGCCAGGUCUACUACAUGGGUGACCUCAUCCAACACCGCAGGACGCAGGACCACAAGAUCGCCAAACACUCCCUGAGACCAUUCUGCACCGUCUGCAGCCGCUACUUCAAGACCCCCCGCAAGUUUGUAGAGCAUGUGAAGUCCCAGGGGCACAAGGACAAAGCCAAGGAGCUGAAGAUGCUUGAGAAGGACACAGCUGGUCAAGAUGAGGACCAUUUCAUCACAGUCGAUGCUGUGGGCUGCUUCGAGGGUGAUGAAGAGGAGGAAGAUGAUGAUGAAGAAGAGAUUGAGGUUGAUGAAGAGUUCUGCAAGCAGAUGAGGACUAAAGAUCUAUCCAUGGAAGAGUGGAAGGAUUCAGAGACUUACAACUCCAACACUGCAUACGGCGUGGACUUCCUGGUUCCCGUGAUGGGUUAUGUCUGCCGUAUCUGCCACAAGUUCUACCACAGCAACUCGGGGGCACAGACCUCCCACUGCAAGUCCUUGACCCACUUUGAGAACCUGCAGAAAUACAAGAAGGCCAAGAACCCCAGCCCCACCACCCGGCCGGUGAGCCGCCGGUGUGCCAUCAAUGCCCGCAAUGCCUUGAGUGCACUGUUUACCUCUGGAGGCCGCACACCCAUCCAGCCCACCAUCCACAACCCAACCAAAACCUCAAGCAAGGUGACAGCCCAGCCAUCACGGCACCCACCACCCCGGCGCUCUACCCGCCUCAGAUCCUGA